GAGAGCUCUCUGCCCCUACUUUUCUUCCUCCAACAAAUCUUGUCUUACCUUUUUAGCUACUGAACGGUAGAAGUCCCAUCCAUGCACUUGCUAUCAAAAAUUAAACCUUGCAAUUAAGAACUCAUCAUCAUCACCUCUAUUUUAUCAUUCUUACAUAUUAAAUAACUUGCAAUUCCGGCACAGCCUCUUCCUCGUACCAUCCAUACACUCCACCUAUCUCUCUCUCUCUCUCAAAAGAUAAUGAGCUCUGAAUCUCUCGCCCAUGUCUUCAUGGUCUCCUUCCCGGCACAAGGCCACGUCAACCCCCUUCUCCGGUUAGGCAAGCGCCUCGCCUCAAAAGGCCUCCUGGUCACCUUCUCCACCACCGAAACCAUCGGAAAACACAUGCGCGAAGCCAACAACAUCACCGACGACGGCCUGCCCACCCCCCUCGGCGCCGGCCACAUCAGGUUCCAAUUUUUCGACGAAAACUUGGCCGAAGACGACCCCCGCUUCCAUAACCUCGAUCACUACUUGACCCACCUCGAGCUCGUCGGCCGCCACCACCUCCCGCGCAUGCUCGCUCAAAACGCCCAGCAGAACCGUCCCGUCUCCUGCCUCAUCAACAACCCAUUCAUCCCGUGGGUCUCAGACGUAGCCCACGAGCUCCGCAUCCCUAACGCCAUGCUCUGGGUUCAAUCCUGCGCUGCGUUCUCGUGCUACUACCAUUACUGCCAUGGCCUUGUACCUUUCCCUUCCGAUACCGAACCCGAAACCGAUGUCAAACUGCCCUGCAUACCUCUUCUUAAGAACGAUGAACUCCCAAGCUUCCUCCACCCUUCCACUCCCUACCCUUUUUUGAGAAGAGCCGUCUUGGGUCAGUUCAAAAACCUCUCGAUACCAUUUUGCGUGCUCAUGGACACCUUUCAAGAUCUCGAAGGCGAGAUCAUCGAACAGGUGUCCCGGUUCGCACCGGUCAAGCCCGUCGGACCGCUCUUCAAAAACCCUACUGCGGGUGCCGUCCGCGGAGACCUCAUGAAAGCGGAUGACUGCGUCGGGUGGCUCGACUCGAAGCCCAAAUUGUCGGUCGUGUACCUAUCAUUUGGUAGCAUUGUGUAUUUGAAACAAGAACAAGUAGACGAGAUCGCUUUCGGGCUUUUGGACUCCGGAGUGUCGUUUUUGUGGGUGAUGAAACCUCCAAACAAAGGUUUUGGACAUGAAGUGCAUGUUUUUCCAGAAGGGUUCUUGGAGAAGGCAGGGGAGAAGGGGAAGGUGGUGCAAUGGAGUCCUCAAGAGCAAGUGCUGGUUCACCCUUCGGUGGCGUGUUUCCUGACUCACUGCGGGUGGAACUCGUCCAUGGAGGCUCUCGCUUCCGGAGUGCCGGUGGUGGCGUUCCCGCAAUGGGGCGAUCAGGUCACGGAUGCAAAGUUUUUAGUGGACGUGUUUGGGGUUGGGGUGAGGAUGUGCAGAGGGGAGGCUGAGAAGAAAUUGAUCACAAGGGAGGAGGUGAAGAAGUGCUUGGUGGAAGCUACGGCGGGUCCGAAGGCGGCGGAGAUGAAGGAGAAUGCGAUGAAGUGGAAGGAGGCGGCGGAGGGAGCAGUGGCAGAGGGUGGCUCGUCCUACCGGAAUCUGGAGGAGUUUGUGGAGGAGGUGAAGAGAAGGAGUGUUGAAGUUAUUGUCACGGGGAAGUCAACAGAGAAUGGCACCACAAAUGGAGAUCUGGACAAGAAAGUCGAUGAGAGCAGGUCAUGAGCAGCAAUACUUUCCUAUUGUAAGCUUCUACCACAUGGCGCAUAAAAUAAUUAAGUGGUUUCCUUCGGGUUAGAUUAGAUUAAUGUCAAUCGUUGACCUUGAUUAUGUUCUACCUUUUGUCAGUUUGUUUGGAAAGAUGUACUAAGGAGGAAAAAUUACUCUCCAAACGACUGUUAUUUGAAUAUUAAAGUAGUCCAAUUAGUUGAGUUUUACCAAAUUAUAUGUGAAUUCAUCAUGUAAGAUUUACUAUUUACAAUAUUUUCAUUAUAUAAAAGGAUUUAAUUAGGGAA